UGACAAUUAAUUCUCGAUCAACCGCAAAUUCAGUUUCUCUUAAACAAGGUACACAUGUAAUGUGCAGUGCUUUUUUUGCCAAUUGUGCAACGCUGCUAUGAGAGAGAGGGGAUGUAUUUAUUACUGGGGUAUGGGGACUGAACGCAAAGAAAGGAGCAGAAGCAUCAGAACGUCGAAUAGACUAGGUUGCUCAGGAUACACCUUGUCCAGAAAUUGCAACACAAAUCAUCACUUUCGGCAACUCAAUUUUAUUUCUAGGUAAUAACUCAUCCUUUCCAAUAGUAUUGGAGCCAAAAAUAUUGCUGAAGCAAAUUUAAUGAAACAUCAUGGCAUCAACCCAAGUAGUCUCUCUCAGUAUUGGACAAAUGAAGCGGGUGCAUUUUCCUGCAGAAGGGGAUGACAGACCCGUAGAAGCUAUUCCACAUUUUGUCAGUCCCAAAAAAAUGGUGAAACCAGCAACAGGCAGUCAGCGCAAAAGAAGUCUCAGUCUUUCAUUUGAAAGCAAGCAACAUCACUUCAAGAGAAGACGCAAGGAAGAAUUUGUGAGACCUACAAAAUUUCUACUUGGAGGCAAUAGUCGAGACCCGUUGAACUUGGGCAGUCUGGCAGAUGAAAGAAUCAACAAAGCUUUGAAUGAGCAUACCCCAGAAUCCUCUCCGUUACCAACUCCCAAACACAGGAAGGAAGAAAUUGAAGUAUUAAUUCCAUCAAAUAUAAGGGAUCCUUUAAACCUGAGUAUGCCAGAUGAUAAUUUAGCGGAAAGAGCGUUAAUAUCUCCGAAUGCCGUCUCUAGAAAAAAGAGAGGACGAAACCGUAAAAGAAGGAGGACCAAUAGCGCCAGUGAAGUACUGGAUGCUGGACGACAUUCACCCGAAUUGAGCACGCUCACAUUGGAUCUCCCUGUAGUCAAGCAAGUCGCUGUUGAGUUGACUGAAAGUCAUGCGACAAUCGAAACAAAGCCAGAACCUGCUGUAAGAGAAUUCAAGGAUCUAAAGCUGAAACCUGAACCAAUUAGACAUUGCAGAAGGCCGGAAGACAAAAUUGUUAGCCCUGUAGUUCCACAACCCGGAGCUAGAAAACGUUCUGGAUUUUUCCCGAGAUCCCUCUCUAAAGAAUCUUCCGUCAAAAGUCAAAGUCAGCGUCCGUUUUCUCGAUGCCCUUCAAGAGAAAGUCAAAUUGCCGGAAACAGUCAAUCGAAUAAUAAUCCCGAACAGGGCUGUUCAUCUCACAAUGUAAAGGAAGUUAAAAGAUUUCAGUAUGGCAAUUACGAUAGGUAUUAUGGCUACCGCAAUCCCAAUUGCGAGGACUUGCGCUUGCGCUCCUUUUGGCGUGAAUGGUUCGAAGACAAGGAUGUGUUGGAUAUUGGAUGCAACGCAGGACACGUCACACUUUGUGUAGCUCGUGACUUCAACCCGAAACAAAUUGUUGGAAUUGACAUUGAUCCCAAAUUGAUAUCAAUUGCACGCAAGAACAUCAAAACUUAUUCAAGUUCACAUCCGACUGAACGCCAGUUUCCAGUUUCCAUGCCACUCAUGUACGGAUCCAUCCCCAGUACCCAUUCGUCGGCCUCUUCAUCCCGCUUCCCAGGCAACGUUUCAUUCGUCCAGGGAAAUUAUGUUCCGGAAAGUGAUGAAUUCCUUCAAAUGGUCCAGCCAGAAUAUGAUGCUAUUCUUUGUCUUUCGGUCACCAAAUGGAUUCAUCUCAAUUGGAAAGAUGCCGGCCUCAAACGUUUCUUUCAGAGAAUUUUUGCUCAUUUGCGACCAGGAGGAAGAUUGAUACUUGAAGCGCAGGGUUGGGCCUCUUACAACAAAAGAAAGAAACUGACCGAAACAAUUGCUGAAAACUAUGCGGCUAUUCAGCUAUAUCCAGAGCGAUUUUCCGACUAUUUGCUCUCCCAAGUAGGAUUUUCUACUUGCGAAGAAAUAGCUACCCCACACCAUGCUGCUAAAGGCUUUCGUCGUCCGAUCCAUGUUUUCACUAAACCUACAAAUAGUUGCCCCACAACGCCCAAAGAGAUCAGUGGGUGAGAAGUAACUGGGCCUGCUGUCGAUUGCUAAUGUUAGCCAGUAUCGUCAACCAUGUACAGUUAUUUUCGUUCUCGAAAUCGCUUGUUUGCUUUCACCAUUACACUGUUCGGCAAGUAUUCACGUAUUCCUUUGAGUUUUCAAGAUCUCGAGUGAUCCUCUGGUGUACCCUUUUCUUGUUCCAAAUUCUUCUCCAACUUGUAGAUUUUCCUUUCAUCUAUUUGUUUCGUUUUUUCAACUAAAUUUCAUUGUUGGAUGAAUUCGGCUGGAUUGGUGAUACGUUUAGCACAAUAAUGUACAGUCGAUUAUAUUUUAUAAUAAAAGACUGUUGAAUCAGAA